AUGACGCAUGAACUACAAACCUCGGCGUUUUGUGACAUCCAUGUUCAUGUAAGUCGAAAUGAUAUAAUAAAUAUAUUCUUUGGUUGUAAAAAAGUAAUAAAAUUCGUACAGAACAAACUUGCAGGCCUUGAAAAACAUUUUUUUUGAGAGUCCCGGGACUUUUGGACCUGCACUGUGCAGUCGAUUUUUCUUUCAGUUUUUGCACUGUGCGGGGAUUUUGAACACUGUACAGUGCGUUCAUGUACUACGCAGGGCCAUGAACUCCUCUCAUAUAAAAAUAUAUACAAUUACCAGUAAUUCUGCGGUAUUUUCACAAUAUUAUAAAUUUUGCACAGUGCGAUCUUUACAAAAUUGUGUUUUGCACUGUGCGAUCGGUUUUUGAUAGCACUGUGCAGUUUUACUGUGCUAGACCACAAUUUAAGUUUUUUAUUUUUUUAAUUGCGCUACAAAAAAAUAAAUAAACAAAAUAAAUCAAAAAGAAUAGCAAGAAGCUUCGUAUUUUACAAAAUAAAAAAUAACAAAAUUUUUUUCAGCGUGCCACUUUAUACAUUUCGAUAGUGGCCAUCAUACUCAAUGUCCUUGUCCUUGUGUUGGAGUUUAACAAUGAUUACUUCGUAUAUGCCUUGGCCUCUUUACUCGCCGUACUUACAAUAAUUCCGUUGUUGAUCGGGAAUCUCUUGAAAAAGUCGUGGCUCUAUUUCCCAUUCCUGGCGGUAUAUGUAAGUUUUGGACAUUUGUGAAUAUCGUAUCUUACAAUUAGCGCCAAAUAAAUUUACAUUUGCAAGUUAAAAUAAAUCUAUACUUAGGGCGCAGCCUGCCAAAUUUAAUAACCAAAAAAUCUCUUAUUUUUGUAAACUAUUUUAAUUUAACAUUUGGUUAUUGGCUAACUUUAAUUUUUCCUUGUUUUUUCCGUAUUUAAAGCCUUUUGUGAAUCAAAGUCAGGGCGCAGCCUGCCGAUUACAGAAUUGCCUCUAAACCAAUAUAUUCGAUUAUUUUAGUUUACAGCGGUCCUGGCCAAGAUCACUCACAUCACGUUGACCACAAUUUACGCCGUUUACAACGGCCUUCGGCCCAAAUCCAACGACGUUGAGGCCCAUAUUGUCUACAUUACCUCAUUCCUGGCCGUUUUGGCCUAUUUUGCCUUCCAAUUCUACUAUUAUGGAGUGGUGUUUAAGUCGUUCAUCUACCUCAGACGAUCCUACGUUGGACUGCAUGUGACCCCAAGUCAGAAAAAUGGGAAACAGAGGUCGAAAACAGUGCGACAACCGUAAAAAUUUAUAUUUUGGAACUUUAUUUUUUUGUUUUCUCAAUAAAUUUUGAAUUUUUAUGGAAAUUUCGUAAUUAGCGCACUUUUUGAAUUUUCAAAACUCCAUUUUCAAUUUUUUAUAAUAGAAAGUCACUUCGCUGCUUUCGCUUCUUGUGUCUGGUCGAAAAUGGGAAGACGUUUAGGCCGAAGAGCAAGUACCGCCUACAAAAGCCUGGAGGGAUUAAUCGCGGCGGUAAGUUGCAGAUUAGUCAUCACACUAUGACGGGAGCGCUACCUGCGAAGGACGUUUUAUACAACGAAAGAUUCAGCUAGGCUGAGCUGCCAGCCGGCUGGGUAAAGCUUAGUUUAGGCUGAGCCUAAUGUAAACUUAGAUUAGCGCUUAGACUUCAAUUUAGCGUGUGCAAAGCGCACGGUCUUCUGUUUCCUGGGCGCAGCUCGCGUUGAAUUUUAAUUUUUUUUGGAAUGGAGGCCAAUCUUUUUUUCCCGUUUUUGACCUCCCAGAAGGUUUCUAAUACUACCGGUCUGUCUUAUCUGGGGGCUGGGGCUAACGUGCUAACUUAAAGUUUGCCGAAAGUUAACUGAAAAUGAUAGGGCGCAGCUCGCAUCUCAGGAGUUUGCGCCCAAGAUGAGAGCUGUGCCCGUGCAAGUUUUAUGAGCUGCGCCCUGCCAUUCUCAGCCAACUUUCAACCAAGUUUCAGUUAGCCAAUAGGCCCCUGGCUAAGUCAACCCUCAGGCGCAGCUUGGAAAUUUUUUUUUCAUAAGGAUUUUUCACAUUUUCAAUAAUAAACAGCUUUAAUUUUAGGAAAUUGCGGAUUCACAUCGUUCUAUAAGACGCAUUGCGAGUCUAAUGGAAAGAUGUCGCAGAAUUUUCGUAGAAUGUGUAAGUUUUUUUGACGCUCAAAAUUCAUCUUGGGUAGUUUUCGAGAUAUUUUCUUUUCUAAAAUAUAAUAAUUAAUAGGGUUUGGGGUUUCUUUUUUCUUUUGCUCCGAUUGACCUGAUUUUUGGCAUGGGGGUUCUUUUAGAUGCGCUCUUUGAGUAUUUGAAAAAAUUUUUUGAAAUUUUCAAUUUUGAGUGGCCUAUGACGUCAUGAAAAGUCGAAACUUUGAGUCUUUGUAUCUCGGUCCAUUUUACAGCUACCGACUUGAUUUUUGGUUCCAUCGCGUAUGGUACAUAAUGGGACAAUCACUGUCGAGAUUUUUUCGAAAUUUCAAAUUUUUCGGAAAAAUCCCAAAAAAUGACCUUUUUUCGUAACCUUUGACUAGCAAGAAGAAUAUUGAAAUGCAAGCUUCUACAGGUCCAUAUCGGGAAAGCAAAUUCAUAACUAAGAGAUAUCUCAAUGUAUGUGUAGAUACGGCCAUGUACAAAGUUACACUUCCAGAAAACCCCGUCAUGAUGACGGAUUUUCUGGAUUUUUUCGAUUCCAUUGAAUUCCACGUACCCGAAUUCCUAUUAGGUCGUGUCUUUCUUUUUUGUAGUAUACUUCGUAUUUUAGCUAUGGCUUACUGUAAAAAAUACGAUUUGCACAGUGCAAAGUUCGACAAAAUGGUUCUCGGCUCCCAGGUCGAAAUUCGAAAAAACGGCUCGCUGAUCUUAGUUUUUUUGCCCGGAGAUUGCCCCUAAAUUUUUUCAGACCAUUCUACAUAACCAUCGCUUCAGAACAUCUACAUACUUGAAAACGCAAUUUUUCGAAAUUUUCAAAAUUUUGACUUUUUAAAAAUUUUCUCCCUGAUGUUCAACAACGAUGUCAAAAACGUCCAACUAUUGAUUGUAGAGCUCGAAGAGCUCUACAAAUUACCCGCUUACAUCUUCAGCGUAUCUUUAAAAUUACGGCCGUCAGAGCCGCCGGAAAUUUCGGUCGAUUUUUGGUGCACUGUGCGAAAAAAAUCGCCCUCAGGGCAACAAGUGGAGUUGAACAAAUUGAUCUCUCAGGGGCUAUUGGGCACAGAACAAGCUACCAUCGUGCCAGGUUUCACAUCUCUAUCUUCAAUAUUUCGUGCGCAUUGUGCCGUCAAAAAAAAAUUUCGAAAUUUCGGCCAAAAUUCGGCCCUGAGGGCUUGAAACGGAAUUUUUUCGCAUUUCUGUUGCCUCUAUCGUUUUUAUCACGUUGAACUGCUAUAGAAACAGGUAUCAAUUCCUAAAAUACGGACAAGGUGAAAAGGCAGUAUUCGAAUUUCCGAAUUUUUGAAUUUUACUUCAACGUACGAAAGUGAAGUUAUCUUGGGAACAAGGUCGAAAUUCAAAAAUCCGGCUCUAGCGUUCCCUCGGUAAUUUCACUGGCUUGACGAAACCCUUUGAAUCCAGCCUUUUGAUUUCGACCCUAAGGCCAGAUCAUUUUUGAAAAAUUUUGGUGACAAAACUCCAAACCUUUAAAACCGUCAAAACUCGAAAUUUUCUCAUUAAAAUUCAAUCAAAGGUUACAUAUUCGGAAUCUCCAGGUAAUUUUGCAUACAGUAGGAUACAUUUCGCCGGUACUUUUAGUGCAAAGAGUGCCAGUUUUGAAAAAACGCCCACUUCCAUGACCGAAAACACCAAAAAAGAGCGCGGCGAAGAGAGAGAGCGGGCAGAGAACCGCUUCCUUCUUCGUUUGGCGGGAGAAAAGAGAGAGUGGGAAAGGGGUGGAGGGUGGUUAGACAAAGGUUUUCUCUUUCGAUUCCGGUCAGAGAUAAGACGGAGAGAGUGCUGAGAAUGAGGAGGGUGGUAUGGAAACGGUCAUCGUGACGCGUCAUGACGGGGUUUUCUGGAUUUUUUCGAGAAAUUUUUGUAAAAUUAUUUUUUGGUCCUGGAUUCUCGGGAUUUGGCCGUUUUAGGGCCAAAUUUUAUGGGGAAUUCGGGAAAAAUAUUGUCUUAGGGUAACUUUGAGUGCCGAGUCUAUUUUUUUUAUUUUUUUUUGUUGAUUUUGGUCAAUGGAAGUGUUUCUGAUCAACUUUUGGUGGAAGAAAAAUUAUUUUAGGUAACAAAAUGUAGUCUCGCGGCGGCCGUAGGCCGUCGCCUCAUGCCGGCGGGCUCUUUAGGGCUUAGCGAUCUUGACGUGUUGAUCUAAAACAAGGUCGGCUUAGCGUUCUGAGCGCAGUAACUUUCUACUAGGCUCAGUCUAACGCGUAGCGUUUUUCUGCCGCGGCCGGAGGCCGUCGGCAAAGCUUUGGCGAGCUUUACAUCACAUUUCAAACCGAAAUAUGUCCCAAAUCGCGCGCAAAGCAGCGAAACCGGACGCAAAGUUGCCUUUAUCCGCAGGGCUGCCCGAGAGACGUGAGCAGCCGCAGGCUGCGAAGUCUCGAGCCCUAGUCUAAAAUAUAAUAAUUAAUAGGGUUUGGGGUUUCUUUUUUCUUUUGCUCCGAUUGACCUGAUUUUUGGCAUGGGGGUUCUUUUAGAUGCGCUCUUUGAGUAUUUGAAAAAAUUUUUUGAAAUUUUCAAUUUUGAGUGGCCUAUGACGUCAUGAAAAGUCGAAACUUUGAGUCUUUGUAUCUCGGUCCAUUUUACAGCUACCGACUUGAUUUUUGGUUCCAUCGCGUAUGGUACAUAAUGGGACAAUCACUGUCGAGAUUUUUUCGAAAUUUCAAAUUUUUCGGAAAAAAUCCCAAAAAAUGACCUUUUUUCGUAACCUUUGACUAGCAAGAAGAAUAUUGAAAUGCAAGCUUCUACAGGUCCAUAUCGGGAAAGCAAAUUCAUAACUAAGAGAUAUCUCAAUGUAUGUGUAGAUACGGCCAUGUACAAAGUUACACUUCCAGAAAACCCCGUCAUGAUGACGGAUUUUCUGGAUUUUUUCGAUUCCAUUGAAUUCCACGUACCCGAAUUCCUAUUAGGUCGUGUCUUUCUUUUUUGUAGUAUACUUCGUAUUUUAGCUAUGGCUUACUGUAAAAAAUACGAUUUGCACAGUGCAAAGUUCGACAAAAUGGUUCUCGGCUCCCAGGUCGAAAUUCGAAAAAACGGCUCGCUGAUCUUAGUUUUUUUGCCCGGAGAUUGCCCCUAAAUUUUUUCAGACCAUUCUACAUAACCAUCGCUUCAGAACAUCUACAUACUUGAAAACGCAAUUUUUCGAAAUUUUCAAAAUUUUGACUUUUUAAAAAUUUUCUCCCUGAUGUUCAACAACGAUGUCAAAAACGUCCAACUAUUGAUUGUAGAGCUCGAAGAGCUCUACAAAUUACCCGCUUACAUCUUCAGCGUGUCUUUAAAAUUACGGCCGUCAGAGCCGCCGGAAAUUUCGGUCGAUUUUUGGUGCACUGUGCGAAAAAAAUCGCCCUCAGGGCAACAAGUGGAGUUGAACAAAUUGAUCUCUCAGGGGCUAUUGGGCACAGAACAAGCUACCAUCGUGCCAGGUUUCACAUCUCUAUCUUCAAUAUUUCGUGCGCAUUGUGCCGUCAAAAAAAAUUUCGAAAUUUCGGCCAAAAUUCGGCCCUGAGGGCUUGAAACGGAAUUUUUUCGCAUUUCUGUUGCCUCUAUCGUUUUUAUCACGUUGAACUGCUAUAGAAACAGGUAUCAAUUCCUAAAAUACGGACAAGGUGAAAAGGCAGUAUUCGAAUUUCCGAAUUUUUGAAUUUUACUUCAACGUACGAAAGUGAAGUUAUCUUGGGAACAAGGUCGAAAUUCAAAAAUCCGGCUCUAGCGUUCCCUCGGUAAUUUCACUGGCUUGACGAAACCCUUUGAAUCCAGCCUUUUGAUUUCGACCCUAAGGCCAGAUCAUUUUUGAAAAAUUUUGGUGACAAAACUCCAAACCUUUAAAACCGUCAAAACUCGAAAUUUUCUCAUUAAAAUUCAAUCAAAGGUUACAUAUUCGGAAUCUCCAGGUAAUUUUGCAUACAGUAGGAUACAUUUCGCCGGUACUUUUAGUGCAACAAGUGCCAGUUUUGAAAAAACGCCCACUUCCACGGACGAAAACACAAAAAAAGAGCGCGGCGAAGAGAGAGAGCGGGCAGAGAACCGCUUCCUUCUUCGUUUGGCGGGAGAAAAGAGAGAGUGGGAAAGGGGAGGAGGGUGGUUAGACAAAGGUUUUCUCUUUCGAUUUCGGUCAGAGAUAAGACGGAGAGAGUGCUGAGUGUGAGGAGGGUGGUACGGAAACUGUCAUCGUGACGCGUAAUGACGGGGAUUUCUGGAUUUUUUCGAGAAAUUUUUGUAAAAUUAUUUUUUUGGUCCUGAAUUCUCGGGAUUUGGCCGUUUUAGGGCCAAAUUUGACGGGGAGUUCGGGAAAAAUAUUAUCUAAGGAUAAAUUUGAGUGCCGAGUACAUUUUUUUUGAUUUUUAGUUGAUUUUUCCUUAUUGUAUGAGCUUCUGAUCAAGUUUUGGUGGAAGGAAGAUUAUUUUAGGUAACAAAAUGUAGUCUCGCGGCGGCCGUAGGCCGUCGCCUCAUGCCGGCGGGCUCUUUAACCCAGCUUAGCGAUCUGGGACUGACUUGACGAUUAGGGUAAGCUUAGCGAUCUGAACUUUUUGACCUAAGACAAGGUCCGCUUAGCGUUUUGAACGCCAAAAGCUGCUACUAGGCUCAGUCUAACGCGUAGCGUUUUUCUGCCGCGGCCGGAGGCCGUCGGCAAAGCUUUGGCGAGCGUUUCUUCCGCAAAAGCGACUUUUCAUCACAAUUUAUCUUCAAAAAUGGCUCAAAUCGCGCGCAAAGUUGCCUUUAUCCGCAGGGCUGCCCUCGAGACGUGAGCAGCCGCAGGCUGCGAAGUCUCGAGCCCUAGUCUAAAAUAUAAUAAUUAAUAGGGUUUGGGGUUUAUUUGUUCUUUUGCUCCGAGUGACUUGAUUUUUGGCAUGGGGGUUGUCUUAGAUGCUCUCUUUGUGAAUUUGAAAAAAAUUUUCAAAAUUUUUAAUUUUGAGUGACCUAUGACGUCACGAAAAGUCGAAAUUUUGAGUCUCUGUAUCUCGCUCCGUUUUAAAGCUACCGACAUGAUUUUUGGUUUCAUCGCGUAUGGUACAUAAUGGGACAAUCACUGUCGAGAUUUUUUCGAAAUUUCAAAUUUUACGAAAAAAAUCCCAAAAAAUGACCUUUUUUCGUAACCUUUGACUAGCAAGAAGAAUAUUGAAAUGCAAGCUUCUACAGGUCCAUAUCGGGAAAGCAAAUUCAUAACUAAGAGAUAUCUCAAUGUAUGUGUAGAUACGGCCAUGUGCAAAGUUACACUUCCAGAAAACCCCGUCAUGAUGACGCAUUUUCUGGAUUUUUUCGAUUCCAUUGAAUUCUACGUACCCGACUUCCUAUUAGGUCGUGUCUUUCUUUUUUGUAGUGCACUUCGUAUUUUAGCCAUGGCUUACUGUAAAAAAUACGAUUUGCACAGUGCAAAAUUCAAAAAAAUCGUUCUCGGCUCCCAGGUCGAAAUUCAAAAAAAUCGCUCGCAAAUCUUAAUUUUUUUGGCCAAAGAUUGCCCUCAAUUUUUUUUGGACCUGUAGACAUCUUCAUCUCUCAGAACCAGUUCUAUAUUGAAGAUCGCAUUUUUUUCAAAUUUUAGAAAUUUUCAGAAAAUCAAAUUUUUCGUCAUGUUCCGCAACAACAACUUCAAAAGUGUCCAACUAUAGAUUGUAGAGCUCGAAGAGCUCUACAAUUUACCCGCUUACACCACGUUCGUAUCUCUCGAAUUACGGCCGCCAGAGCGGCCGGAAAUUUCGGUCGAUUUUUGGUGCACCGUGCGAAAAAAAUCGCCCUCAGGGCAACAAGCGGAGUUGAACAAAUUGAUCAUAUGGGCGCUACUGCACACAAAAUGAACUACCAUCGUGCCAAGUUUCAGCUUUCUACCUACAAUAUUCCGUGCGUAACGUGCGGUCGAAAAAAAAUUUCGAAAUUUUGGCCAAAAUUCGGCCCUGAGGGUUUGGAAUCGAAUUUUUUCGGAUUUUAAUUUCGUCCAUCGUAUUCAGCACGUUGAACUGCUAUAGAAACAUGUACCGGUUCUUAAAAUACGGACAAGGUGAAAAGGCAGUAUUCGAAUUUCGGAAUUUUUGGAUUUUGCUUACCUUGACGAAAGUUACUAUAGCUCGGUAACAAGGCCGAAAUUCAAAAAUCCCGCCUGGGACGCACUAGAUAAUUGAAUUAUCAUUCCGUAGCCGUAAUUUCGUAUAUGACGUCCAAAGAUAUGAUCAGAUAUCAUGUUUGAAGCGGCGGUCUCAAAAAAUUCAAAAUUUUUAAAACCGUCAAAUAUCAAAAAUUUCCAACUAAAAUUAGUCUAAAAGUUGCAUAUUCGGAAUCUCUAUGUCAUUUCGGAUAUAGUCGUACCUUUUUCCCCGGUACUUUUAGUGCAACAAGUGCCAGUUUUGGAAAAACGCCCACUUCCACGGACGAAAACGCAAAAAAAGAGCGCGGGAAAGAGAGAGAGCGGGCAGAGAACCGCUUCCCUCUUCGUUUGGCGGGAGAAAAGAGAGAGUGGGAAAGGUGUGGAGGGUGGUUAGACAAAGGUUUUCUCUUUCGAUUUCGGUCAGAGAUAAGACGGAGAGAGUGCUGAGUGUGAAGAGGGCGGUAGGGAAACGGUCGUCGUGACGCGUCAUGACGGGGUUUUCUGGAUUUUUUCGAGAAAUUUUUGUAAAAUUAUUUUUUUGGUCCUGGAUGCUCGGGAUUUGACCGUUUUAGGGCCAAAUUUGACGGGGAUUUCGGGAAAAAUAUUUGAUUUGGAUAAUUUUGAGUGCUGAGUCUAUUUUUUCGAGUUUUUAGUUGAUUUUUCCUUAUUGUAUGAGCUUCUGAUCAAGUUUUGGUGGAAGGAAGAUUAUUUUAGGUAACAAAAUGUAGUCUCGCGGGGGCCGUAGGCCGUCGCCUCAUGCCGGCGGGCUCUUUAACCCGGCUUAGCGAUCUGGGACUGACUUGACGAUUAGGGUAAGCUUAGCGAUCUGAACUUUUUGACCUAAGACAAGGUCGGCUUAGCGUUUUGAACGCCAAAAGUUGCUACUAGGCUCAGUCUAACGCGUAGCGUUUUUCUGCCGCGGCCGGAGGCCGUCGGCAAAGCUUUGGCGAGCGUUUCUUCCGCAAAAGCGACUUUACGUUGGUUUUCGACGUUGAACAAGUCCAAAUGGCGCGCAAAGUUGCCUUUAUCCGCAGAGCUGCCCGAGAGACGGUAGCAGCCGCAGGCUGCGUUAGUCUCGAGCCCUAGUCUAAAAUAUAAUAAUUAAUAGGGUUUGGGGUUUCUUUUUUCUUUUGCUCCGAUUGACCUGAUUUUUGGCAUGGGGGUUCUUUUAGAUGCGCUCUUUGAGUAUUUGAAAAAAUUUUUUGAAAUUUUCAAUUUUGAGUGGCCUAUGACGUCAUGAAAAGUCGAAACUUUGAGUCUUUGUAUCUCGGUCCAUUUUACAGCUACCGACUUGAUUUUUGGUUCCAUCGCGUAUGGUACAUAAUGGGACAAUCACUGUCGAGAUUUUUUCGAAAUUUCAAAUUUUUCGGAAAAAAUCCCAAAAAAUGACCUUUUUUCGUAACCUUUGACUAGCAAGAAGAAUAUUGAAAUGCAAGCUUCUACAGGUCCAUAUCGGGAAAGCAAAUUCAUAACUAAGAGAUAUCUCAAUGUAUGUGUAGAUACGGCCAUGUACAAAGUUACACUUCCAGAAAACCCCGUCAUGAUGACGGAUUUUCUGGAUUUUUUCGAUUCCAUUGAAUUCCACGUACCCGAAUUCCUAUUAGGUCGUGUCUUUCUUUUUUGUAGUAUACUUCGUAUUUUAGCUAUGGCUUACUGUAAAAAAUACGAUUUGCACAGUGCAAAGUUCGACAAAAUGGUUCUCGGCUCCCAGGUCGAAAUUCGAAAAAACGGCUCGCUGAUCUUAGUUUUUUUGCCCGGAGAUUGCCCCUAAAUUUUUUCAGACCAUUCUACAUAACCAUCGCUUCAGAACAUCUACAUACUUGAAAACGCAAUUUUUCGAAAUUUUCAAAAUUUUGACUUUUUAAAAAUUUUCUCCCUGAUGUUCAACAACGAUGUCAAAAACGUCCAACUAUUGAUUGUAGAGCUCGAAGAGCUCUACAAAUUACCCGCUUACAUCUUCAGCGUGUCUUUAAAAUUACGGCCGUCAGAGCCGCCGGAAAUUUCGGUCGAUUUUUGGUGCACUGUGCGAAAAAAAUCGCCCUCAGGGCAACAAGUGGAGUUGAACAAAUUGAUCUCUCAGGGGCUAUUGGGCACAGAACAAGCUACCAUCGUGCCAGGUUUCACAUCUCUAUCUUCAAUAUUUCGUGCGCAUUGUGCCGUCAAAAAAAAUUUCGAAAUUUCGGCCAAAAUUCGGCCCUGAGGGCUUGAAACGGAAUUUUUUCGCAUUUCUGUUGCCUCUAUCGUUUUUAUCACGUUGAACUGCUAUAGAAACAGGUAUCAAUUCCUAAAAUACGGACAAGGUGAAAAGGCAGUAUUCGAAUUUCCGAAUUUUUGAAUUUUACUUCAACGUACGAAAGUGAAGUUAUCUUGGGAACAAGGUCGAAAUUCAAAAAUCCGGCUCUAGCGUUCCCUCGGUAAUUUCACUGGCUUGACGAAACCCUUUGAAUCCAGCCUUUUGAUUUCGACCCUAAGGCCAGAUCAUUUUUGAAAAAUUUUGGUGACAAAACUCCAAACCUUUAAAACCGUCAAAACUCGAAAUUUUCUCAUUAAAAUUCAAUCAAAGGUUACAUAUUCGGAAUCUCCAGGUAAUUUUGCAUACAGUAGGAUACAUUUCGCCGGUACUUUUAGUGCAACAAGUGCCAGUUUUGAAAAAACGCCCACUUCCACGGACGAAAACACAAAAAAAGAGCGCGGCGAAGAGAGAGAGCGGGCAGAGAACCGCUUCCUUCUUCGUUUGGCGGGAGAAAAGAGAGAGUGGGAAAGGGGAGGAGGGUGGUUAGACAAAGGUUUUCUCUUUCGAUUUCGGUCAGAGAUAAGACGGAGAGAGUGCUGAGUGUGAGGAGGGUGGUACGGAAACUGUCAUCGUGACGCGUAAUGACGGGGAUUUCUGGAUUUUUUCGAGAAAUUUUUGUAAAAUUAUUUUUUUGGUCCUGAAUUCUCGGGAUUUGGCCGUUUUAGGGCCAAAUUUGACGGGGAGUUCGGGAAAAAUAUUAUCUAAGGAUAAAUUUGAGUGCCGAGUACAUUUUUUUUGAUUUUUAGUUGAUUUUUCCUUAUUGUAUGAGCUUCUGAUCAAGUUUUGGUGGAAGGAAGAUUAUUUUAGGUAACAAAAUGUAGUCUCGCGGCGGCCGUAGGCCGUCGCCUCAUGCCGGCGGGCUCUUUAACCCAGCUUAGCGAUCUGGGACUGACUUGACGAUUAGGGUAAGCUUAGCGAUCUGAACUUUUUGACCUAAGACAAGGUCCGCUUAGCGUUUUGAACGCCAAAAGCUGCUACUAGGCUCAGUCUAACGCGUAGCGUUUUUCUGCCGCGGCCGGAGGCCGUCGGCAAAGCUUUGGCGAGCGUUUUUUCCGCAAAAGCGACUUUUCAUCACAAUUUAUCUUCAAAAAUGGCUCAAAUCGCGCGCAAAGUUGCCUUUAUCCGCAGGGCUGCCCUCGAGACGUGAGCAGCCGCAGGCUGCGAAGUCUCUAAAAUAUAAUAAUUAAUAGGGUUUGGGGUUUCUUUUUUCUUUUGCUCCAAUUGACUUGAUUUUUGGCGUGGGGGUUGUCUUUGAUGCUCUCUUUGUGAAUUUGAAAAAAAAUUUCAAAAUUUUCAAUUUUGAGUGACCUAUGACGUCACAAAAAGUCAAAACUUUGGAUUACUGUAACUCGCUUCGUUUUAUAGGUAUCGACUUGAUUUUUGGUUUCAUAGCGUAUGGUACAUAAUGGGACAAUCACUGUCGAGAUUUUUUCGAAAUUUCAAAUUUUACGAAAAAAAUCUCAAAAAAUGACCUUUUUUCGUAAACGUUCGACGCGUCCAGCUUUAUUGAAAUGCAAGCUUCUACAGGUCCAUAUCGGGAAAGCAAAUUCAUAACUAAGAGAUAUCUCAAUGUAUGUGUAGAUACGGCCAUGUACAAACUUACACUUCCAGAAAACCCCGUCGUGAUGACGGAUUUUCUGGAUUUUUUCGAUUCCAUUGAAUUCUACGUACCCGACUUCCUAUUAGGUCGUGUCUUUCUUUUUUGUAGUGCACUUCGUAUUUUAGCCAUGGCUUACUGUAGAAAAUACGAUUUGCACAGUGCAAAUUUCAAAAGAUUCGUUCUCGGCCCCCAGGUCGAAAUUCAAAAAAAUCACUCGCAAAUCUUAUUUUUUUUGCCCGAAGAUUGUCCUCAAUUUGUUUUUGGACCUGUAGUCAUCGUCAUCUCCCAGAACCAGUUCUAUAUUGAAAAUCGCAUUUUUUUCAAAUUUUAGAAAUUUUCAGAAAAUCAAAUUUUUCGUCAUGUUCCGCAACAACAACUUCAAAAGUGUCCAACAAUAGAUUGUAGAGCUCGAAGAGCUCUACAAUUUACCCGCUUACACUACGUUCGUAAAUGUCGAAUUACGGCCGCCAGAGCGGCCGGAAAUUUCGGUCGAUUUUUGGUGCACUGUGCGAAAAAAAUUGCCCUCAGGGCAAUUAGCGGAGCUGAACAAAUUGAUCAUAUGGGUGGUAUAGGACACAAAAUGAACUACCAUCGUGCCAAGUUUCAGCUCUCUAUCUUCCAUUUUCCGUGCGCACUGUGUCUCCGAAGAAAAAUUUCGAAAUUUUGGCCGAAUUUCGGCCCUGAGGGCUUGAAACGGAAUUUUUUCGGAUUUCUAUUUCGUCCAUCGUAUUCAGCACAUCGAACUGCUACAGAAACAGUUAUCGAUUUGUAAAAUACGGACAGGUUGAAAAAGCAGUAUUCAAAUUUCCGAAUUUUUGGAUUUUGCUUACUUUGACGAAAGUUACUAUAGCUUGGGAACAAGGUCGAAAUUCUAAAAUCCCGCCUGGGACGCACUAGAUAAUUGAAUUAUCAUUCCGUAGCCGGAAUUUCGUAUCUGACAUCCAAAGAUAUGAUCAGAUAUCAUGUUUGAAGCGGCGGUCUCAAAAAAUUCAAAAUUUUUAAAACCGUCAAAUCUCCAAAAUUUCCAACUAAAAUUCGUCUAAAAGUUACACAUUCAGAAUCUCCAUGACAUUUCGGACAUAGUCGUAUGUUUUUCCCGGUACUUUUAGUGCAACAAGUGCCACUUUUGAAAACACGCCCACUUCCAUCGCCGAAAACACAAAAAAAGAGCGCGGCGAAAAGAGAGAGCAGGCAGAGAACCGCUUCCUUCUUCGUUUGGCGGGAGAAAAGAGAGAAUGGGAAAGGGGUGGAGGGUGGUUAGACAAAGGUUUUCUCUUUUGAUUCCGGUCAGAGAUAAGACGGAGAGAGUGCUGAGUGUGAGGAGGGUGGUACGGAAACUGUCAUCGUGACGCGUAAUGACGGGGAUUUCUGGAUUUUUUUGAGAAAUUUUUGUAAAAUUAUUUUUUUGGUCCUGGAUUCUCGGGAUUUGGCCGUUUUAGGGCCAAAUUUGACGGGGAUUUCGGGAAAAAUAGUGGAUUUGGAUAAUUUUGAGUGCUGAGUCUAUUUUUUCGAGUUUUUUAGUUGAUUUUUCCUUAUUGUAUGAGCUUCUGAUCAAGUUUUGGUGGAAGGAAGAUUAUUUUAGGUAACAAAAUGUAGUCCUGCGGCGGCCGUAGGCCGUCGCCUCAUGCCGGCGGGCUGUUUAACCCGGCUUAGCGAUCUGGGACUGACUUAGCGAUUAGGGUAAGUUUAGCGAUCUUAAUUUUUUGAUCUAAAACAAGGUCGACUUAGCGUUGUGAACGCUGAAAGUUUCUACUAGGCUCAGUCUAACGCGUAGCGUUUUUCUGCCGCGGCCGGAGGCCGUCGGCAAAGCUUUGGUGAGCGUUUAUGUUGUUUUCGACGUUGAACAGAUCCAAAUCGCGCGCAAAGCAGCGAAACCGGGCGCAGGGCUGCCCGAGAGACGGUAGCAGCCGCAGGCUGCGUUAGUCUCGAGCCCUAGUCUAAAAUAUAUCUAUUCGUAGGGUUUGUCCUUGGUUUUUUGUUUUGCUCCGAUUGACUUGAUUUUUGGCAUGGGGGUUCUUUUAGAUGCUGUCUUUGAGUAUUUGAAAAAAAUUUUCAAAAUUUUCAAUUUUGAGUGGCCUAUGACGUCAUGAAAAGUCGAAACUUUGAGUCUCUGUAUCUCGCUCCGUUUUACAGCUAUCGACUUGAUUUUUGGUUUCGUCGCGUAUGGUACAUAAUGGGACAAUCACUUUCGAGAUUUUUUCGAAAUUUCAAAAUUUACGAAAAAAAUCUCAAAAAAAGACCUUUUUUCGUAUCUUUUAAUUAGACCGGGGAAUAUUGAAAUGCAAGCUUCUACAGGUCCAUAUCGGGAAAGCAAAUUCAUAACUAAGAGAUAACUCGAUGUAUGUGUAGAUACGACCAUGUACAAAGUUACACUUCCAGAAAACCCCGUCAUGAUGACGGAUUUUCUGGAUUUUUUUGAUUCCUUUGAAUUCUACGUACCCGACUUCCUAUUAGGUCGUGUCUCUUUUUUUUGUGGUGCACUUCGUAUUUUAGCUAUGGCUUACUGUAAAAAAUACGAUUUGCACAGUGCAAAUUUCAAAAAAAUCGUUCUUGGCUCCCAGGUCGAAAUUCGAAAAAACGGCUCGCUGAUCUUAGUUUUUUUGCUCUAAGAUUGUCCCUAAAUUUUUUCAGAACAUUCUACAUGGCCAUCGUUUCAGAAAAUCUACAUACUUGAAAACGCAAUUUUUCGAAAUUUUAAAAAUUUUGACUUUUUCAAAAUUUUCUACCUGAUGUACAACAACAAUGUCAAAAAUGUCCAACAAUAGAUUGUAGACCUCGAAGAGCUCUACAAAUUACCCGCUUACAUCUUCCUCGUAUCUUUAAAAUUACGGCCGUCAGAGCCGCCGGAAAUUUCGGUCAAUUUUUGGUGCACCGUGCGAAAAAAAUCGCCCUUAGGGCAAUUAGCGGACUUGAACAAAUUGAUCAUAUGGGUGCUAUAGGACACAAAAUGAACUACCAUCGUGCCAAGUUUCAGCUUUCUACCUGCAAUAUUCCGUGCGCACCGUGCGGCCGAAAAAAAUUUCGAAAUUUCGGCCAAAAUUCGGCCCUGAGGGCUUGAAACGGAAUUUUUUCGGAUUUUAUAUACCUCCAUCGUAUUCAGCACGUUGAACUGCUAUAGAAACAGGUAUCGAUUCCUAAAAUACGGACAAGGUCAAAAGGCAGUAUUCGAAUUUCAGAAUUUUUGGAUUUUACUUUAUUGUACGAAAGUGCAAUUAUUUCGGGAACAAGGUCGAAAUUCAAAAAUCCGGCUCUAACAUCCCCUCGGGAAUUUUGCUGGGUUGACGAUGCCGGUUGAAUUACACCUGUCGAUGUAAUCCCCAUGGCAGAAUCUUUCGGCGAGUUUUGACACCAAAAAAUUUAAAAUUUUUAAAACCGUCAAAACUUGAAAAUUUCUAACUACAAUCGGUCUAAAGGUUGCAUAUUCGGAAUCUCCAUGUCAUUUUGGAUGUAGUCGUAUCUUUUUUCCCGGUACUUUUAGUGCAACAAGUGCCAGUUUUGAAAAAACGCCCACUUCCAUGGGCGAAAACACAAAAAAAGAGCGCGGCGAAGAGAGAGAGCGGGCAGAGAACCGCUUCCUUCUUCGUUUGGCGGGAGAAAAGAGAGAGUGGGAAAGGGGUGGAGGGUGGUUAGACAAAGGUUUUCUCUUUCGAUUCCGGUCAGAGAUAAGACGGAGAGAGUGCUGAGUGUGAGGAGGGUGGUACGGAAACUGUCAUCGUGACGCGUAAUGACGGGAAUUUCUGGAUUUUUUUUGAGAAUUUUUGUAAAAUUAUUUUUUUGGUCCUGGAUUCUCGGGAUUUGGCCGUUUUAGGGCCAAAUUUGACGGGGAUUUUGGGAAAAAUAUUGGUUUUAGAUAAUUUUGAGUGCUGAGUCUAAUUUUUCGAGUUUUUUAGUCGAUUUUUCUUUGCUGAAAGUAUUUCUGAUCAACUUCUGGUGGAAGAAAAUUAUUUUAGGUAACAAAACAUAGUCUCGCGGCGGCCGUAGGCCGUCGCCUCAUGCCGGCGGGCGCUUUAACCGGGCUGAGCGAUCUGGGACUGACCUGAGCUUAGCGAUUAGGGUAAAUUCUCGAUCUAAAACAAAGUCGGCUUAGCGUUCCGAACGACACAAGUUUCUACUAGGCUCAGUCUAACGCGUAGCGUUUUUCUGCCGCGGCCGGAGGCCGUCGGCAAAGCUUUGGCGAGCGUUUUUUCCACAUAGGCGACUUUACGUUGGUUUUCGACGUUGAACAGGUCCAAAUCGCGCGCAAAGUUGCCUUUAUCCGCAUAGCUGCCCGAGAGACGUGAGCAGCCGCAGGCUGCGAAGUCUCGAGCCCUAGUCAGAGUCGAACUAUUCAAGAGAUUCGUUCCGAUCCCCAAGAAUCUCCUAAUCACGAUGUUCGGGUUCGGGUAGGCCACAGAUUAUUUAUGUCUAAUAUUGUACUUUAGAACCUAAGAGAAGACGCUCGCUCUUUAGCUGAAUCGCAUCGACGGGCGGCCGGUCAACUGAAUGUAGCGUGCGCCCAUCUUAUGAAACUCAAGGAAAUGAAGAGAACGUUGGAAGGCAUGGCCGCCUCAUCCAGUUAA